CCCCGCCCCCCCGGCUUCCGGGUGCUCCGGGCGGUGGUCUCUGGGCGGCGGGGCGGCGCUCCCAGCGCAGGUAGAAGAUGAACAAACCCAUAACACCAUCAACAUAUGUGCGCAGCCUCAGUGUUGGUAUCAUUAGGAAGCUGUCAGACUUCAUUGAUCCUCAAGAAGGGUGGAGGAAACUAGCUGUAGCUAUUAAAAAACCAUCUGGUAAUGAGAGGUACAAUCAGUUUCACAUAAGGAGAUUCGAAGCAUUACUUCAAACUGGAAAAAGUCCCACAUCUGAAUUACUAUUUGACUGGGGCACAACAAAUUGCACAGUCGGUGAUCUUGUGGAUCUUUUGGUUCAAAAUGAGUUUUUUGCUCCUGCAAGUCUUUUGCUGCCAGCAGCUUCCAUCAUAUGUUCUUUGGAAGAUGCCGUUCCCAAAACUGCUGAUGCUCCCGUCCCUAUAGAAGCUGUGACCAUUCUUCAGGAGCAGCAGCCUCGCUGUGGAAAAGACAGGGCAUGGGCGAUGCCUGUGCAGCUCCUGGAACAGAGCUCACUGCUGCCUGACUCCUCCAGUCCAGAGAAUGCAAGUAUAGAAGGCAGUGAUACACGUUUUCAUAGUUUCUCAUUUUUUGAGUUGAGGAGUAUCACAAAUAACUUCGAUGAGCGACCUGUUUCUGUGGGCGGCAGCAGGAUGGGAGAGGGCGGAUUUGGAGUUGUGUAUAAAGGCCGUGUGAAUGACACCACUGUGGCCGUGAAGAAGCUUGCAGCCAUGGUUGACAUUAGCACUGACGAGCUGAAGGAACAGUUUGAUCAAGAAAUUAAAGUAAUGGCAAAGUGUCAACAUGAAAACUUAGUGGAGCUCCUUGGCUUCUCAAGUGAUGGUGAUGACCUCUGCUUAGUGUAUGUUUACAUGCCCAAUGGCUCACUGCUAGACAGACUGUCCUGCUUGGAUGGUACUCCACCACUUUCUUGGCACAUGAGAUGCAAGAUUGCUCAAGGUGCCGCUAAUGGCAUCAUGUUCUUACAUGAAAACCAUCAUAUUCAUCGAGACAUUAAAAGUGCAAAUAUCCUAUUGGACAAAGACUUUACAGCUAAAAUAUCUGACUUUGGACUUGCACGGGCUUCUGGGAAGUUUGCGCAGACAGUUAUGACUAGUAGAAUUGUGGGCACAACAGCUUAUAUGGCACCCGAAGCUUUACGAGGAGAAGUAACGCCCAAAUCUGAUGUCUACAGCUUUGGUGUGGUAUUGUUAGAAAUAAUAACUGGACUUCCAGCUGUGGAUGAAUACCGUGAACCUCAGUUACUACUGGAUAUUCAAGAAGAAAUUGAAGAUGAGGAAAAGACAAUUGAUGACUAUGUUGAUAGGAAGAUGAAUGAUGUUGAUGCCACUUCAGUGGGGACCAUGUACACUGUCGCCAGUCAGUGUCUACAUGAGAAGAAGAAUAAGAGGCCAGAUAUUAAGACGAUUCAGCAGCUGCUACAAGAAAUGAAUUCUGCUUAAAACUACUGGAAUAGACUAUUUGAAACCAGGUCUCCUGUAGUCUCAGCUGGCUUGGAACUUGCUAUAUAGCUGAGGAUGACUCUGAACUUGUGAUCUUCCUGUAUCCACCUCCAGGGUGCUGGAAUUUCAGGUGUGACAAGCAUGGGCUACCAUAUCCACUUUUUGUUCAGUACUGGGGAUGAAACCCAGGACUUCACGCCUGCUAGGCAAGCACUCUUCCAACUGAGCCACAUCUAUAGCCCCUUGAUUUGUUCAUAUAUUCUUUUAUAAACCUUUUGUUUUAAAACUUCUUGUGCAGGGGACAUAUUCAUAAAACUUCAAAAUUCAAGAAAAGUGCACGGGGCUUAUGGUUGGGAAAGUUCAGGUUGAAGCUCACUGUUAAUCUACUGUAAAUCUUUGGUUCAACUGGUGUUUGUAUUUGUUUUUGUCACAGAUUGCUGUCCUUCAGCAGAAAGUGACUAUGUCCCUCUUGAACUCUCACCAGCAGUGAUGCCCCUUCUAGCUGUGUACUGGAUGUAUAGACAGAUAACAAUUGCUUGGGGUAGGGAGAGUUAUGAGGACCUUCCUCUCCCUGAAGAGCUAUACAUAAGCAGUUAAAAGCAGUUAACAUUUGCUUAGAGAGAGACAUUUUCUUUUCUUUUUUUUUAAUUUUUAUUAACAUUUUCCAUGAUUAUAAAAUAUAUCCCAUGGUAAUUCCCUCCCUUCCCACCCCCACACUUUCCCAUUUGAAAUUCCA